AUUCUCGUUCGUUCCAAAAAUUAAAGUUCCUCCAAAACCCCGGUUUUUCCCCAAACCCACAAGAAAGCCUGCUUUGMAGGCUAGUUCUAUUCGAGAUUCAUGUUUUUAAACCAUCUUGAUUGUUCUAGAAAUUGGGAAAUGCUAAUACCUCGCCUCUCAGCAAUGCGAAUCAAUGUCGUUGUUCACUGCUAUGCUUCGAGGGUUUUCCUCCGUGUUCACUGCUUUUCCUCCCUCCACAAAAAUCGACUUCUGCAUUUUAAUUCGAUCUAUUCACCUUAUCAAUUGGAUUGCAAAACCUGUUAGGCAUCAAGCAGUCUAGCAAGGAGUGGUAAACGCAUUAAAAAUUACGAUUUGAUUCAUAGCAUCAUAAUCUUAAACCGAGGAGAAARUCCAAUAUUGAUACCUGACAACUGAAUUGUUUUAUUUUUAUUAGGAACAUAUCAGUCGGUCCAAACUUCGAGGAAGAUGGUUACUAUUACUUAAACAACUUCGACAACCUCCUACAUGCAGUCGUAACAUUGUUCGAGCUCACUGUGGUCAAUAACUGGUUCAUUAUCAUGGAAGGAAUAGUACACUCGACUUCUGACUGGAGUAGAAUCUACUUCAUGAUGUUCUUCAUCAUCAUCAUGGUUGUCAUGACAAUAGUUGUGGCAUUCAUUCUUCAGGCUUUCUCGUUUAAAAUAAAAUAUCGCAAAGAACAUCCAGACAAAGAAACUGACAUCAAAACAGAGGUAGAAGUAAGCUACGAAGAACUGAUGGCACUCGACUCAAAGUUUUGUGUUGGUCUGGAGCCUGGAAAACCGGUGAGAAACUUUCAAGUUUAUGUUUAA